UGUAUGCAGAGGGAGGCAGCAGGAAAUGGAGAAAGGAGGUGCCGCCAUGGAACGCUAUUCAGCCAUUGCUGCUUUAUAGAAAAUGGAGCCCAUCCACACAGCCAAGGAUCUCCCUCCGGGUCCAGGAGCCACCAGUCCCCUGAAGAUGGGCAAGGCAGCCUUGGGGUCUUGGUUCUGGUGGACUUUGACGGGCAGCUGGCUGAUGAGCUGAAGAUCACGGCUGGAGACGUCAUCCACAAGGUGCAGCCAGGGCCGGAAGAGGGGUGGCUGCAGGGCGAGCUGGGAGGCCGAGUGGGGCUCUUCCCACAACUGUUUGUGCAGGAAAUCCCAGCAAGCCUCCGAGCAGACGGCACCCAACGGUACCCCCGAUCCCUCCGUGGUGGCCAGUCUGUGAAAAAGCAGCCGGCAACGAAACAGCGCUGGUGCCGAGUCACCUUCCCUUACAUCCCGGCCAAGGAAGAUGAACUGGAACUGUGCUGCGGAGAACUGGUGCAGAUCUUGGAGGAGAUUGAGGAUGGCUGGUGGCUGGGUAAGAAAAACGGGCGUCCUGGAGCCUUUCCCUCCAACUUUGUGCAAGAGCUGAGCAGCGAACUUCCAGAUAGGAUUUUCCCAGAGCCCAAAAGCGGAGCGGCGAAGCAGCGGCCCAAAAUGACCAACGAGACCUUCCUUCUCGCCAAACCUGAGCAGCUGGACAACGCAGCAGAGAAGCCGGUGCCUCAGAUCCAAGCAGGUCCAAAGGUCCAGGCCGGGCAAAGCUGUGAAGAGGCCUCUCUUUGCUGCCGCGUCCUGUUUGAUUACGAACCGGAGCACGAAGAUGAAUUGCCGCUCCGGAAGGGCGACCUGGUCGUCUUGCUGAGCAAGGAGACGGUGGACGUGGGCUGGUGGGAAGGCGAGUGCUGUGGCAAGACGGGCCUCUUCCCGGACAACUUUGUGCUGCCCCUGGGGCACGUGGAGCCUGAGCUCAAAACCAAAGUGCCAGCGCGGAGCAAGGACUCUGUCUCCAAGGCGUCAAAGAAGGUCCUCCAAGGCGGCAAGGUGGAAAUGAGACCUCCUGGAGACCCUAAAGACUCAAAAGAACAGAAGAAAAUGGGUGCCCUCAAGUUGAAUCCUCCUCCUGUCAAGAAGGCAGCCCCCCCUCCUCCUGUGCCCUCUAAGGCCAAACCAGUCGCCAGCCUCCCCCACAAGCCCUCCAACGUUCCAGUUUCCAGCACGGCUACCCCUGCGGGGAGAGGAAAAGGCAAGGUGGCGGAAGCCGAUACUUUUAAUGCUGUCCCUGUUCCCAGUGCCAAACUGAGCCAUCCGACUGCCAACCGCCCCAAAAUGCCAGGGAAGAGGCCACCCAGCCAGCUGAUGGCCAGUUCACCGGAUGAGAAAAAGCCGAGCCAUCCCUUCAGCACUACAGAGACAGCAAAGAACCCUGAGCUGGUGGAGGAGCCGUCCAUCCACACCAGAGAGGACUCUCCCACUCCGGUUUGUGACGUGCCACAAAUGGAGGAAGAUCUGGAAUCUUUAGAGGACCUCAAGACAGAGCUCCGGUCACUGAGGACCCUCAUGGAUUUGAUGCGCGCACAGCAUCGGAGAGACAUGGAGGAGCUGAAGGUGGAGAUGAGUCAGGAGCAGGCCAAGCGGGCAACUCUGCAGGCUGAAAUUGAGCAGCUGAAGCAGACGGUGACCACGACGCCAAAGUAACUGGCCAGACCUGUCCAACGGCCAGACCUGGCGGUGGAGCCAUGGAGGUGGCUGGCCAUGGCCCCUUCUCAGCCACUCUGAGCGACCUCUACGCUGGUUCUGGGGAGGGGGGGGAUUCCUCUUCUUACUCAGCAGCAUCUGAGACGGUCUCUUUCCCCUCCCGCUGCCCCCCAUCCCAGCCAGACCCCAAAUAUCCUAUUGGAGACUCCAGUAGCCCCACACAGCACAUGCACGUGGCCUGUACAGUUGUGGAGAGCACCUCCAGCAACCAUGCCUGUGACAACACAGAGGGUGGCCACUACAGGGCAGUGAUAGCCAAUGGCAACAUAGUGUUCUUUCUUUGCUGCAAUCUCUGUGCCUUGCCAGCUGUGGGCAUCCCCUUCUGGGACCUGCUCCAUAUCCCAACUCAGCUGCCCUGCAAACAUCCGUGGGUGGCCUUUAUCUCCUGAAGCUAGUCUGCAACUGGCCAUAGGCUAGGGACAUGUUUGCAUCUCCAGUUUGGCUUAACAGUCCUCGCUUCUCUUCCCCCCCCCCCCUCAAUGAAAUGGGCUAUUCCUGUUGCCCAAGAAAGUCCUUCAGAGAAUCCCAAGAACAAUUCUGCUUUCUUUGUGGAAGCCCAUGAUAACUGCACUGGUGUAGUUAUGUUUGUGGUGUGGACAACUUCCUUCAGUCUCUCUACAAAGGCCGUCCUUUUCCUUGCCGUAAUAUAGGUUUUACCCCCUCCUUCCCUGUUAAUUACCCAUGGACCGUUGCUUAGCUGGGAGUUGCAUAGCUGGAAAUACUCGACUCCUUUAUGCACAAGUUUGGAACUUUUUAACUUAAAAUAAAGUAUUUUUUUAU